AUUGUGUUAUGUUACAGAUGUUUUCGCCCUGAAAGCACAAUGUACCUACUAAUAAAAAAGGUUUUAUUGCUCACAAUCUUAGCAUAUUUGAAGAUUGCCAUUAUACUAGCUAACAGCAUGCAUUCUACUUUCCUUUGCAUUUGUAAAGUAAUUGCAGAUAUAUUUCAAUUGCCAGCAUCACAUUUACUGAAUGUUUCACCUACUAGGAACAGUGAUACUCAAAACAUUUCGCAUAGAAGUAGUCCUAAAGUUUCUACAUUCGUUCAAACUGAGGAGCAAUCGAAACAACUUGAAAACGCCGGUUCUAAAUCUAGUACAGAUGUAAUUAUUUACAAUUUGAGCUCUACUCAGAAACUCGUUAUAACUCAAGGAAAUUGCAAAAGUAACAAAUGCGAAAAUUGUAAAUUUGCUACUGAAAUCACAACAUACGAGAAAGUUGAAAAUGUUACGGCACCAUCUGUUGGUUUUGACGGUUCAAAUAUUAGUUACAUGUCAAUAGAAAGUGAUGUAGUAGAUUCAAAAAUAGAAAAUGGUUGUUAUAGCUCCUCGACCAGUUCGUCUACUACAAUCAGUGAUGGAUUUAAUAGUCAAUUAGUCUGUAUCGAAGAUUCUGAAGUUAAAACUGCAAACGCUGAAAAUGCUAACAAUAAAAGAGUAUCUUUCGGAAAUGUCGAUACUUUUUUAAAUUCCUGUGAUAAGUUAGCUUUAGAUCUAGAAGCUUUAGAUUUCGAAUGUUUAAAAGAAACAGAAUCUGAUAACACAAGUGUUAAAUCUGACGAUAAAGCUGCGAAUAAACACAAAACAUCUAGUCCUUUAAGCAAAGUUUUGCAGAAUCAUCAGAACGUAAGUACUGAUUUAAGUAUGUUUAAGGCUGACCAAUCUCAAAUACCUGAGAAUAAAGAUUUAGGAACAAGAACUAACUUAGAUAACUGGAAAAAUGAAGCUUUUGGUACGGAUUUUAAACGACGAUUGUCCUUGCCAGUAAAGCUGAAUACAACCAAUUCUGCUGUUAUGAAUUUCAAACUAGCUCAAAAGAUGUUAAUUGAAGAUGCCCUAAAAAAUACUUCCAGACAUGAAAAAAGUUUGAAAGAAAUAAAAUAUCCUUUUUCAUCAGAAAUAAGCUUAGACAGUAAACAUAAUGAUGAAACAUACGAUAAAGGAGUCUUCAGUUGCAGUUCGUACGAAUCCUUGCCAGUAUCUGAUCACAUACGAAAUGCUUUUAAUAAUAGUGCGGUGCUGAGUUUGUACGAUGAAACUCUCCACAGCGAAGAUAAGCCUGAUUUUUCUUGUGUCGAUCAUUUGGUGGAAGGAUUUGAAGAGACUAAAAGCAAUCUAUCAGUGCUAAACUUAGCUCUAGAUAAGAUAAUCCCUUCUACAACGACAAGAAAGGACGAAAAACAUGAAACAAAAUUAUGUUCGGACAUAAAUUUAGAUUCAAGUGUUACAGAAAUGUGUAAUGUACUUAAUAGAUUUGUAACUGGUGAAGUAAAACUUAUUCCUGAGAAAUUUUCUAAUUUUUCCGAUAAAAGCUUAUUAACAAAUGGUAAAGACAUAUUACAAGCAGGUGUUAAUUUUGAAAAUAAUGAACAAUUUGGGAUAAAUGAUUGUGAAGUAAGACGCUCCUCCACAAAAGAAUACAAUUCUUUUGAUAAUUCUUUAAGGAAACAGAGAAAUGAAGAAAUUAACAAGAAAUCAGAAGAAAUUGACAUAGGUGAACCCAUAGUCAAUGAAAUUAAAUGCACGUCUUCAAGUUCAUUAAAAUCUGUGUAUUUAGAUGUAGAUGAAGCGACUGAUGUUGAAAAUGCAUUACUAACUCUGAAAUACGAAUCUGAAACAAAUAAAUCUGAUAGCUGUGAAAAUUUACAAAAAGUAUGGCAACAAUCUUAUCAUAAAAUAGCAUUCAUUGAUGAAAGCCCGCCCCAUGAAACUAGUCAUACAAACCAAAAUAUUUCAGAGACUAAUUGCAAAGAUCGUUCUUUUAACAAAGAUGAAAAACACACACCGAUAGAGGUAGACUUUGGAGAUGAAACAAACAAAUUUGCUAAUAACUUACUUUCAAUCCAGCAACGAUGGUUUAAAAGUUUUGGAGAAUUUACCGAAACCGAUAAAAAUGAGCCAAAUGAAAUAGCCUGUAUGUCUUCGAGUCCAAAUGGAAAGCAUGCUGAUCCAGUCGAAUGGACGGGUGCUUGUGAAAACACUGUAUUUAGUUUGAAAAACAAAGUGGGAACAAAUAAACCUGCGAACAGUGUAAAGCAACAGUAUAAAGCAUUCACUGAUGAAAUCCCCCUAUACGAAUUGAAUCACGCCGAUCAAAAUACUUUGGAGACAAAUUGUCAAGAACAGCAAUCUACGCUCUUUGAGGAAAAUUCAUCUUCUGGAGAUUCAACUUCUGAUAAUUCUGUGGUUACAGUGAAAGACCUAAAUGUUGCAGAAAAUUAAGGAAAACAACAACAAUCGAGAAUGUCUAUCAAAAUUAGUCAAAAACUAUGAACUGUGAUGUAUGAAUUAUACAAAUUGCAUAUAAAUUUUGUGACUUUAUUGUUUUUUACGUUAUAUCGACGAAUUAAUGUAACUGUAUGAACAUUGUUUUGAAUUUAAUUAAUGAGACAUAACUAUAAAUAACUUUAUUUGUAGUUUGAAUAAAAAAAAAUUUAAAGUGUUAAC